GGCCGCGCAUCGCGCCAGUCUGAGCCAGCCCGUGCGCCCGCCUGCCAGCAGCAGCAGCGACCGACCGUCAGACACCACACAUCACGCAUUCGCCCGCGCGCACUCGGUGCGAGAAGUCGUCGGCCCGUCGUCCGCAUCAGCAGCGCAUCGCCGUCGCCGUCCUAGGUCCGCGCGCGCCAGGGUGUCCUACCGCCACUGUCGCCGCCGCCCGCGCUGUCCCAGAGCCCCCUCGCGUCGAAAGUGCGCGCCCCACGGAGUGCCACCGUCGAGCGCCCCCAGGAUAACGCCGUUUGACAUCAGGACAGCGCACGAAUGUUAGCCAAGGUGUGACGAGAACGUAUGGCCUGCCGUCGCGGCCACAACAAUGGUGAAGACGUUCCAGGCCUACCUCCCGCAAUGCCAUCGCACCUACUCGUGCAUCCACUGCCGGGCUCACCUCGCCAACCACGACGAGCUGAUAUCCAAAUCAUUCCAAGGCAGUCAAGGCCGAGCGUACCUCUUUAAUUCGGUGGUAAACGUGGGUUGCGGUCCUGCCGAAGAGCGCGUCUUGCUCACUGGGUUGCAUGCAGUCGCCGACAUUUACUGCGAGUGCUGUAAGACGACCCUAGGUUGGAAAUACGAACACGCGUUCGAGUCAAGCCAAAAGUACAAGGAAGGCAAAUUCAUCAUCGAGCUGGCGCAUAUGAUCAAGGAGAACGGAUGGGAAUGAUCGACGCGCCGGCUGUGAUCUCACGUCGUCGUCGUGCGAUGAACAAUCGAGUACAAGCGCUGCCGCCGCCGCCGGAGACGCUCGCCACGACCAAACGCGAGGCGUCCCCGUUGGCGCGCGCCGCCGGAGUGUGUACGAUUGGCAUUGUAAUUACUUAACAUUGAUAACACGAUAAUCAUUGGCGUGAAUGCGUGUUUGAGGUCCUUAAUAUAUGUGUAUUUGGGCGCGUGAACGAAUGCGAUUAUUGCUGGCGCGUGUUGUUGUUGUGUUGCAUCAGGAACGCACCGACGACCAUUCUGGCGAUGGCAACGCGGCCGAGCAAACGGGUGCAAAACAAUCAAAUUCACUAGGAAUUGAUAAGGCGAGCGAUGAAAUCGUUUCAACUUUGCUUAAACUAAUUCGGGAAACAAUGCGAGAUUGUCUCAAGACGCGCAGCGUGAAUGUUUUAAACAAAACGAAUACCAAACACAAAACUCUAUAAUGCAUUGUCCGCGAUCAGUUCGAAUGGUUCGAAUAGCGCGCGCGCGCAUACGCUUCCAUCGAAGCCUCUGAUUUCGAUUUUCAAAUUUGUAAAUAGCUCUCAAAAGCGAAAACAUGCUCCAGCUUCUUCCACACGAAGAUGAUGCGCAUGCGCAAAAUGAAUGCAGCAAAAGCGAAUGUAACAAACUGUGGUAUGAAACUGUGUUAAUCUAAACUUAUAUAUUGAAGCAAAAAAACAAAACAAACAAGCAAACAAGAAAAAUAAUGAAGAAGACGAAGAAGAAGUUAACAAGCAAACAAAACAAAAACAAACGCAUACACGAUGUCAAGUCAAACAAACUUAUUCAGAUUCUAUUCUCAAACAAAAAUAUAUACUAGAAUUAGCAACCAAAACAAUUGCAAUACGACUCGAAGAAUCAUCUCACACCAAACUUGCAAACGCUUGCAAAAAAACCAAAAAAAAAAAAAACUAAAAGCAAACAAACGGAAGCAACAAAAAUAAAUAAAAAACGCGAGAAAAUCUACUAUUGCAGAAAGAUAUCUAAUUUUUUACCGAAACUGAUGAGAGAAACAUUGAUAAUGACGAGAUGACUGCGUGAGCGAGAGCGCAUGAUACUAACGCGUGUGCAUGAACUCUGGACGAAUGCAAUUCGAGGUUAAGUUUUAGUUAUCGUUUACUGUUUACUUAAGUGCAUUGCGCGGAGCAGCGUGUUGUGUGUGUGACGACUACUACAUUAACUAUACUGAUCACCACCCCACACCGAUACCGAUCGAUUAUGAUUCUAUGAUUAAUCCACCACCCCUGAGAAUAUCUAGGUUUAACUAUUAAUUAAUUAAUUCGAUAAGUGUAAUAAUUCAUGAUGUGAUUUUUUGUGAUAAAAUGCGAUUUUAAAUAUGUAAAAAUGGCGCGAAAAAGAUUGAUGAUGAUGAUUAUGUGAUGCAAACUUUAAACUUUAAUGGAAUUUAUUUAAGCGUAA